AUGGAUCCUGUGAAAUCUACAAUAUCUGAUGGAAAACGGAGGGCCUCAACUUCGCCAGAGGCCACAACUACCAAUGGAUCCUGCUCCAAGAAGUCGAAAAUCACCCGCGAAUCCCCGGACCCUCUUCGCCAACCGCAUUUCAAUGCGCAAAAGGCAGAAGAUAAUGGCAUCGUCCUACGGAAAUUCUAUCCCCCGGAGAUGUCGAAUGCGCGAGCAACUGCAUACAACAACGAUGAGCUUCCUCGGCCGAUAGAAGUGCUCCAAUCCGCGCUUUCAGAAACAGAAUCACAGCGACAAGCAAUUGAAGUCAAAGGAGCCGUCGUGCACUGGUUCAAGAGCGAUUUGAGAACGCGAGAUAAUAAGGCUUUGCAUAUGGCGAGUGAGAAAGCGAAGGAAAAGGGCGUCCCGUUGAUUGCGAUGUAUAUCGUUAGCCCUCAAGACUUCGAGGCGCAUUUAACAGCCCCUGCGCGAGUGGACUUUAUUCUGCGGACAUUGGAGGUGUUAAAGGAGGUAUUAGCACAACUGAAUAUACCACUACAUAUAGCGACGGUCGAGAAGCGAAAGGCCAUACCCGGUCGGAUAGUGGAACUGCUCAAGGAGUGGGGAGCAAGCCAUUUAUUUGCAAACAUGGAAUACGAAGUCGAUGAGCUACGAAGGGAGGCGGGACUGGUACGAUCAUGUCUAGAAAAUGACAUUGCAAUGGAUGUUGUGCCCGAUACAUGUGUCGUCGCCGCUGGAGAGAUCGAGAAUUCUACGGGGAAGCAAUAUUCUGUCUUUACCCCUUGGUUCCGGUCCUGGAUUGCGUAUAUCCACGGCAAUGGCCAUGUACUAGAUAUUUUCGAGCCACCCGGCAUGAAUCCUGACAGUGCAAGGGAUAGGUUCGCAGAUCUAUUUGAAAGCAAGAUACCGGACGCACCCGACGGAAAGAAAUUAAGUGAUGAGGAAAAGAAGCGGUUUAGCUCAAUGUGGCCAGCAGGGGAGCAUGAAGCUCAUAGACGGCUUAACAAAUUCUGCGAAGAGCGUAUUGGGUCUUAUAUUGCGCAGAGGGACCUUCCUGGAGUUGCAGCAACCUCCGCUCUCAGUGUCCAUCUCGCCAGCGGCACUCUCAACGCGCGUACGGCAGUCUCCUCGGCGCUCGCCCAUAGUCACACGCCGAGGCUCGACGGUGGAAGCACCGGCAUGCAAACGUGGAUUCGCGAAAUUGGUUGGCGGGACUUCUACAAACAUGUCUUGGCCCACUGGCCAUACAUAUGCAUGAACAAGCCCUGGAAGGCAACGUACAGCAACAUUGAAUGGGAGUACAAUCCCGCCCACUUCGAGGCUUGGUGCGCCGGCCGAACUGGAUAUCCCAUCGUUGACGCAGCUAUGCGUCAGUUGAGGCACUGCGGCUACAUGCACAACCGGUGCCGGAUGAUUGCCGCAUCGUUCCUGGCCAAACAUCUUCUCGUCGACUGGCGAAUGGGCGAGCGCUACUUCAUGGAACACCUUAUCGACGGCGAUUUCGCUUCGAACAAUGGAGGGUGGGGAUACUGUGCCUCAACGGGCGUGGAUCCCCAGCCCUAUUUUCGCAUUUUCAACCCGCUGCUACAGAGUGAGAAGUUUGAUGCCGAUGGUGUGUAUAUUCGGACCUGGGUUAAGGAGUUGGAGGGGAUUGGAGGAAGGGCAGUUCAUGAUCCGUACGGACGUGGUAAGGGGGAGGAGGCUAGAUUAGCGGGAUACUCAGAGAGGAUUGUGCCACAUAAGGAGAGUAGAGAGCGGUGUAUAGAGCGAUACCAGGAGGGCAUAGGCGGAACUCCGAAGUGA